UCCGGCAAACCCACCAGAAAACAGACACGAGAGAAAGGAGGAAGAGAAGAAGAAGAAGAAGAAGAAGAAGAGAAUGGCAAGCACUGAAGAAACGGUAGGAGAUGUUGACGCUUUCCCCGCUGUGAACGCCUCCAGAGAACUGAACCUUGGCGUGCCCGAGCAGUUCCCCGUCGACCCUGUCUCCUCCGAUGUUGCGACUGCCAAGGAGCUCAAGGAGGAGACGGAGGGGAGGGCGAGAGCAAAGGCCCAGGCUGAUGCGGCGGGAAAGUGCGAUUUGGGCAGCACUCUGAUGUCCGUUCUCAUGGUCUCUGGCGUGGUCGUCGUUGCAGUUGGGGUGGCGUUCUUUGUCACAAAGAAGUUGAAAGAAGCAUAAUUCAGACAGCUCUCCUUUUCUUGGUGUCAACUUCAAGUUCUUCCCGUUAUUACAUUUUUUUUUUCUCGCUCUCCUUUGGCGGCCAGAAGAUCAGCGAGACGGCAUUAUUAAUGUCACGAUCUUUUUUUUUUCCUUUUCUGAAAAUGAAAAAUUUCUGAGAUCAGCUGUUUUGUAAUACAUAUUCAAGUCUAACAAAGACUGUUCAUUAUAGUUGUUUAGAUGGUGGAUGUUAUGAAAUCUACCAUAUGUCUAUUUGGAUUUAUCCAUUUUCUUUUAUUUAUAAUACUUGAAUUACCCUACCUCUU